AUGCUCUCUCGCUGCCGGGCCCUCAAUCCACUCCGCCUCAGCAGCUGCAAGAUUGGGCUAAACCCUUGGUUUCGCUCGUAUCACAACGCGAUCGCAAAGUUCACCACCAUCGAUCCAAAGGGUGUACCUGUUUCCUACAAAAUCGGAAUUAAGAUCGGUGAACCUAAUGAGAGCUAUGUGUACGUUGAGCCUGAAGUCGGGAACGCUAUUAAAUCUGCAAUUAUACGCCAGCUUGGAUCGGACCGAUCAGACUAUCGCGAAACGCUUCCCCUCCAAUUUAACCAUAAUUCUCGUCACUUCUCUCAUAAGUCUGUAUCGCUUCCUCGUAUUGAAAUCCCUCAAAACUUGGGUCAGUCAAAUAGCAACAUGAGUCCUGCUACACUCUGGCUUUCUGGCAACUGGUAUGCUAUUACACUUGAUGGAACACCCGAUGAGAGCUUUGAACGAAUGUCAAGAGAAAGUGCCAGCGAACUCAAGGGCGCACUGGAGAAGUUGAAGGACAGCUAG